AUGACGUCCCUCCUAUGGUCAUCGAUUCCAUGGGUUGACUCCAGUGCUGGCUGGCACAAACAUCAAGCUCCAUACACAGCAAACGCAACCUACCUGCACACUUUGGACGUUUGGGUACCCAAAGCCACAGGUAGUCACUCUCUUCCGGCACCUGACUUCGUUUCUCGUGAUCCAGGGAUUUGGGUCAUCUAUAUCCAUGGUGGUGCUUGGCGUGACCCUCUGGUUGACUCCUCGUCCUUUGAAGCAACGGCCCUCAAACUCUUGAGUGACAAAGAAGCUCAUAUCUCGGGAAUUGCUUCAAUAAACUACCCGCUAUCAAGCCACCCCAAUCACCCUACCCAUCCUGCACCACCUCGCGAUUCUUCACAACCUGUGGAUAUUGCCCGUACGGCCAAACACCCGGAUCAUAUCAUUGCUGUACUCGCUGCUAUUGCAUAUCUCCAGAAUGAACUUGGUGUCGCUCACGAUUACGUCCUGUCAGGUCAUAGCUGCGGCGCGACAUUGACGUUCCAGACAGUAAUGAAUCCUGAUCGAUGGGGGGUAGCACCCAAAGUGAAGAAGCCCAAGGUUAUCGCCCCUCUGAAUGGGUUAUAUGACUUGGCCACUUUCAUCAACAACCCACCAGAGUCCCACGAGAAGCUCCAGCCUCUUUACGUCGAGUUUACGAAAAAUGCGUUUGGAGAUGAUGAGACUGUUUGGAGGGAUAUCUGCCCAACUAUCGUUUCAGACUGGUCGGAAGAGUGGCCUGAAGGAAAGGCUGUCGUCUUUGCCCAGAGCAAAAAUGAUAGCCUUGUCCCGUAUUCUCAGACAGAGCUUAUGAAGGAGCAUUUGAGAAAGAACUCCAAACUUGAGGUCAUCGAGAUGGUGGCUAGUGGCGACCAUAAUGAUCUUUGGAAACAUGCAGAUGAAAUCGUCGUGAUUAUAAAGCGGGCUGUCGCGUAUAGUACCGAAGUGUGA